AUAAUAUAUGUUGAAUAAAAACUCAUAUCUGAUCAUGUAUGUAGUACAGGUUGAUACAUGUUGACAGCUUCAACGAUACUAUUUCAAAAUUUCUACGUCUUAAUAUUUAAAUAAAUAAAAAAAUUAGAAAAUACAAUUAGAAGAUUAAAAUGCAAAAGCAAAAUCCAUGCCAGUCAUCCAAGAUCUUAGAUCUGGGUAAAUGGGAUACUAAUGCGAUAAGGCAUUACAGCACCUUGCCACGCAUACAGAAGCAAUUGCGCAAGGGCAACUGGAAUUAUUUGAGUGAACAUCCAGAGAUACGAGCUAUUGUACGCGUUAUUAUGCACCAGGUGAUCAAUGCAAAGCCGAAGAAUGUACGAAAGUUUAUUGCAAAUUUCUUCAAUUGCUGCCGCACACCGCUGCUGGCGCCUAUGAUAAAUGCUCAACUGAAGUAUGUGAAGGAGCAAUUAAAGCGCGGACGUUGGAGCAAAUUUGAUGGUGAACUUUUGUUUAUGGAAAGCCCUUCCACACAUUCUUUGUUGUCGACAGCCUCUACUGAAGGCACUGUUCAUCCUGUGCUCACCUAUGCGCUUGUCUUUAAGAAACCAGACGAAUGUGGUAUAGACAGACCGCCCCACUAAAUUAGUCAAGCUAUUCAGCUAUUUAAAAACCAACUGUCUUGUGAAUUGCAAUUGAAAAAUUCAAAACUUUUUAAAUAUACGGCAUAAUUUUGAUGACCUUAA